CCCUACACAACAUACCAACCGGGGUGUGAUCCACAAAGGACACUUGCGCUAUAAAAUUAACAAUAAAAUCUCGAAAAACAACCUCGUAAAACCGACAAGUGUCCAAAAAACCCGGUGAGAUAUUGUGAAAACCGCAGACAAAUGUUUCAGUGAUCAGAAACAUACAGAACCUCCUUUCCCUCGGAUGCAAAAUGGCAUCUUAAAUAAUGGACGAGAACACAUCUAAAAUGCCACUAGAAGACGCAUACCAUUUCGAAAUUGUUUGAGUUGGAUAGUUCCGUGGUGUGCGAAGAAGAGGACGCGAUGCACCCAUCCGCCAGGUGACCCUGCCGCUUACACCCGCGGAACAUGUCAUGGGACUCAAUCGAGUCGCGCGACUUCCUAGGCGGGGUGCCGGCGCACCAACUGUCGGCUACGCGACUGCUCAGCUCACCUGAUCCGUCGCGACAUCACAUCGAAGAUCCACCUGAACUGUUUCCGUUCUCAGAGGAGUAUCCUACGGAAGCGCGCAAUGGAGCGAUCCGCUGGGGCUCACGCUUCGGCCCGGCGCACCGACCGUCGGCCGGCGUGCUCGAGUGCUUCCGCGUCUGCAGAUCACGUAUCGACCAGUAUCUUGCAAGGCGAAAGAUCGAACGCGGAGUACGUUUGUACGGACAGAACGAGCAACGCCUGGCGGUGAAGGUAUGGCUUUCGGCUCUGCGCGGCGUGCGACAUCGGAGCGACAAGUUUGCACUACUGGGUCAUCUCUAUCAGGCUUAUAUGGACUUUGGAAAAUACAGAGAAUCUCUGGAAUUCGCAAACAGACAGCUGGGCAUAUCAGAGGAGCUGGACUCGGCUCCCAUGAGGGCCGAGGCAUAUCUGAACCUUGCACGCACUCAUCAAACUUUAGGUGGACUUGACAGGGCUCUCUCCUACGCUCGCCACGCUUUAUACAACGACUGCGGCGGCGGCUCCACGGCGGGAUGUGUCCAUCUCACUGUUGCUGCUGUGAGCCUCGAGCUGGGCGCCUUCUCUAAGGCAAUGGAUGGCUUUCAGAAGGCACUGGCCGUAGCUCAGGCGCAAAAUGACAACACGCUUUUAUUACAGGUGUAUGUUGGUUUAUCUGAACUAUGGCGACGUCUCCGAGAUACUGAGCGUGCUGUGGCGUGUGCUGCUCGUGCCUGUGAUCUUGGCCGCGGUCCGCGGUCGACUGACCUCAACACGCGGCAUCAUCGUACCGCGUUAUUGCAAAUGGCUGCAGCAUUGCGCGCGAGGGGCGAGCUGGGGGACGCACAUGAUUAUUGUAAUGAAGCUCUGCGUUUGGCUGCAGUCGCCGGUGACCAGGGAUGCUAUGUGCGAGCCGUGAGGAUAGCUGGCGAUGUGUACAGAAGGAAAUGUGAUUACGGGAAGGCACUUAGGAAUUACGAGGUAGCUAUGGGGGCGACACAGACUUUGGGUGAUCGUCUAGCUCAAAUGGAGGCCAUGGACGGAGCCGCGCGGUGCUUAGAGGCGUUGAGGCUGCAAGGUCGGAUCUGUAACUGUCGCCCGCUGGAGUUCAACACGCGUCUGUUGGAGGUCGCCACUUCUGUUGGCUCGAAGAUGCUAGUACGUCGCGUGAGGCUCCGGCUGGCAGAGAUCUACACGGCGCUGGGCGACAACAACGCGGCUGCGCGCCAGAAGCGAGCGGCGUCCGCCUGGGCCGCGCCCACCUGCGCGCGCUGCCGGGAGCCUCUGGCCGAGCGCGCCGAGCCGCUCGCCUCGCUGCCCUGCGCGCACAUAGUGCACCACGCUUGCAUGCCCGAGUCCUGGUCGAGGCGAUCAACUCGCAGCUCCGGUGGCGCUGAGUGCCUGGAGUGCGCCUCGCCCCGCGCGCCGCGCGUCCCUCCGCCGGCGCCGCCUGCGCCUAGAAGCUUACCGUCGCAGGAUUUCCCAUUCGGUACACCGCCAACUCUCCGCGAGUCGGAUUUGAACUCUGUCCUCUCUGAUCACAGCAGCCAGCAAGCCACGUCCAGCGUUUAAUUUAAUUUUAACUCUAUUUUUAUACUCACAAAGAUCUUAUUUUUUUUACUUACUAUUUCUCGUAUAAAUUUUCACAAUAGUUAGCUACUCUAUACAAAUUCAAAGUACGCUUAAAAUGUUAGAGAAAUCAAAGUGUUUCGAAGAAUACUACUUAUUUUUUUAUGUUUUAGUAAGUUAGCCGUCUCUACUUGCGAUAUUUCUCCUUCUAUUUACUUGUAUGUCAAAGAGUUUAUUGGAUAUAAUCUGUGUCAAAAAUUUCCCGUUGACAAUCGUCAACAAAAGUGAAUAUCGGACGCCUGAAUGGAUUUGCAAUGUUAGAAUAUUUUUAAAUGAAAAAAAAACUAUUUUGAAAUAAUUGUUGUUUAUUACUUAAUAUUGUAUGUUUUUGCGAAAAUUUGAGAAAAAUGGUGACUAAAAUGGAACUCGUAUAGAUAUAAAAAAACAAGAAGGAAAAGUCCAUAUCUAUUAAUUAUUUCUUAAAUGUGUACUUAGGAAAUAAAAUAUUUUAAAAUACGCUUUAUCGAAUUAAAUAUUUAAUUCCAGCGGGUAAAUAUGAUCUCAUAAAUAAAUUAUGUAUUUGUCGUAAUUAUACAUGUCGUAAUUUAAGAUAAUAAUUCAUACCUAUUUAUUAAGUUUUGUGAAACUUAAUGACGCUUGUAUCGUGAUAUACAUAUAUUUGUUGCUACACAUAAAUAUUAAUAAUUAUUAAAUUAUGUUGUAGUUGUUGAAUAGUAAGCCAACAAGCUUUCUAUUUUUAAAACAAUAAUGAACUGUUUAAAUAAAGUAAAUCAUUAAGAUCUCAUAAUACAUUAUUACAACGGUAGUUGAAAUAUAACUAGUACCUACAAUUUAUAUACAUUAAAACCACGAACUGCCAAUUAACUUCUUGUGGUAAAUUUAGAUAUGAAGUAAAAUUUAUCAUGGAUUUACCAAACCCUACAGAAGCGGAACUUUUUAUGUAUGGUAGAAACUAAACUAUGUGAUCAAGUACUAGGACCUUAUUUUUACAGUGUACCACUCGUUUGGCUUAACACUACGUUUAUUAUAUUAGUUGCCUCUCGAACACAUUUUUGUGAAGCUUUGAGCGCUUGAUAAAAUAUUUGCUUUACAAAUUAAUUACCUGAAAAAGGAAAAGCAAUGCCUAUUAGCAAAUUAGCAAAUUUGUAAACACCUUGAAAAAUAAAAAAAAUGUUGGAAUUUAGAAAUCUACUGAAACCUACUUUCAAUAUAUUAUAUUUCGUUAUAUUUCCUAUACUGAUAGUUACAAUUAUUUCAAUAUAAUUGAGUUAUAUAUUGUAACUCAAUAUACGGACGAGGCAAUUUUUUUCGUAUUAUUUUUUUGUACAAGUGUUAUAAUUUAAUUUUUUAAAAACUUAUAAAUAAAUUAAGACAAAGCUAUAAAAUAUAUAAAAAUACUCAAGUUGAAUAUGAAUGUUACAUUUAAUAAAUAUUUGAAUUAAAUAAUAAUAUUAGUAAGAGAUAUAGAUAGAAGGCAAUAUUGAAUUUAAUUUAUUCUUGUAAAAAAAUAUACUAUACUAAAUAUCUUCUAUAUAGUAUAUUAUUUUUAAAACAAUAUUCCUUAAAUCUUUUACUGCUGUAAACUUAGUUAGUUAAAAUGUCUAUAGGUAUAUGUGACAUAAAGCAAUUGCAAAUUGCGACUUAAAAAGGUAAAGCAAUAAAAGAAAAUAGAUACCUCAUAGUAGUAGUUAUUUUCUGUCUUUCUUUUGUUUUAGUUUGAUAAAAUUUUCUAAAAUGAAAACACUUGAGAAUAUUUCUUAUUUAUGUGUAUUGAAAUGUGUAAAAUACAUAAUAAUAAAUCAAUAAUCUUUUCAUUUUAAAGUUUUUGCAUUCGGCAAUGCAACUGCCUUGGUGCUGUUGCUGUUGCUUAAAUGAAAACUAAAUAAAAAAUAUUUACAUUUUUAAAUUUAUAUAUAUUUAUUUUAAGUAACUUUUACAUUUAUCGUUUAAAAAUAAAAUCUAUCUCAAUGUUACUCUAAUAAAUCUAAAUUCUAGAAACAAAAUAUACUAUUUAAUAGUAAAAUUAAACUGUAAAUAUAGUUUAAAUUCCUUCUAUAUACCUUAAUAUAUAUUAUUUAUUAUGUACCUGAAAAAACAAAUUUUCAUUAGAUACUAUUUUAGUUACUAAAAAGCACCACUUGAAAACGUAGGUAGUUUAGUUUGUAAUAGGUGUAUUAUGUUUUAUGUUUACCACCUGAAAAAGCUUUGCCGCCUCUUAAGAUGUCUAAAUAUAUAUCUCGCACUGUAUAUGUGUUGUAGUUUGCACCAAUGUCAUGUUUGUAUUCCUUUUUCGUUUAAUUUCAUUAACAUUUCUGAUUAAUUGAAUAUUUAUGAACACAGCGUUCUUCCCAUAAAGUUUAUUGUUGUUUCAAAAGAUGACGCUUAAUUAAAAAGUACUUUAAUAAUUAUAAAAUACUUAUUUUAUACCACUGUCGUUAAAGAAUAGAUACACAAAGAGAUAAUCUACAUGAGAAUAAGAACUUACCUUAAAUAAAUAUUAUUUACUUUAUAAAUUAUGUUAUUAAUUAAAAAUAGAUGAUAAAUUAAGUAUUUACUUACUAAGUCCGCCACAUAAAAAAAAAACCAAAGAAAUUGUUAUAUAUAAAACAUGUAGUUGUGAUUAUGGCGUUGUGUUUAUCUAUCAUUUUAGAUAAAAUGUAAGAGUAUUAAAUAAAAUUGUUCGUUAUAUUUUAAAUUUUAAUUGGAAAUAUAUGAAUAGAAAAACGACAACUA